UUCCAAUUUUCAGUUUCCAAGUCUGAUUCUAGUGUUAUGUGAAGGAGGGGUUGGAUCUUGGUACUUUCACCUUCAAGUUCAUCUUGGUUUGAAAGUUCUUGCUCUUAAAUAUCUUCAUCCACUAAAUUAUAAAGAUAGAAUUCUUGCUAAUUUCUUCUUGGAAAAGUUGAGGACCUCUUGAUAAUUCAUUAGGGUCAGGAUUUUCAUGAUCAACUUUGUCACCGACUCUUCUCUUAUAACCAGCCAUUCUCUGCUCAGCUUGAUUUUAAACUGAUUGGCCUCUCAUUUCGAGAUCUUGCUUGAUCCUUUCUAUUUCAAACUCUUUGAUAUCGUCCUCUUCUUCAGGAUGGUAUCUAUUACUAUAUAAAAGCCAUGUUACUUGGCUCAGAUCUCAAUUAGUUUAGCCAGUCUGGCAGU